UAGUGCGAGGGGGUCCCGGGUUAGCCUGUGUGUGGAUUUGCCUCGCCCUGUGUGAUGCGUUAACUGAGAUCGCUACACUAUACCUGUAAAUAAAACAAUAGUGAUUACAACCUGAUACAACACUACAUUAGCUAUUAGUCAGUGGGGUAAUCGGGCUACAUCAUAGGUUGAGUCUGUGAUGACCUUCUGCAAAUACCUGUUGUCAGGGCCAGAGGUGAUAUGCACGUGUUCCAGCACCCCGACUUCACUAGGAGGUGCAUAAGAGGCAGCAGCCGCACAAAGAAACCCUCCUCCGCCAUUCUGCAAACCAGGACAACGCUAAAGAGGAAGCAGAAAAGAGAGGUCUCUUCCAGGGAGCAGAGCACAGCCCGGGAGUGUUUGAACCCCCCUUCCGCUACAGCCAGGGAGAUGUUUUCUGGAAAACAGCAACAUACACGAGGUCUGUAUCAAUACAUAAACAGCAGCCUCGCCGAAUUCAACAAGCCCUUGGAGGACACAAGCAUCGCUCAAGGGCAUCCAUCGCCUUCUACUGAGGACCAGCAAGUCUCCCGCAUCCCUCCCUCAGCAUCGUCCGUUCAGCCAGCAGGAGAUUCAGCUGAAGAGAAACUCGCCUCGCUGACACCAGCAUACACAUCGUUUUCUUCUUCUAGGGAAAGGCCAGCGAUAGCUCAGCUAGACCAGUCAACACAGGACGGCAUUGACAAGAUGCUCAGCAUCUGUGCCACAUCCUUAGUGCCUCCACUGUCUCCACCGCAGGUGUAGCGAAGCCCCUUCAACCCUAUGUAGCAACUCAACUAGAGCACGAGCGCCAAUCUGAUAACUUGUAUUAAAGAAAGGAUACAGACUGCAGUGACAUUCUUAUUACAAAUGUCUUAGUGCUAUUGAGAGGUAGUGCAUAGUGCGGGUGGUUAUUUAUAUUCAUUAUGGAGAUUUAAAAAGAUGUGUUGAAUAGUGAGUGGGAAGGGGGCAGUUGAUUUCAUACAAAUGGGGAUUAUUGUGUAGUUGCCUGAUACAAACAAGGCUGAAGAAACAAGCAGUGCUAACACAUUGUUAGUGUUUAUGAUUGGUAAAGAGUGUGUAAAAUGAAUAACUAAACCAGUAAAAAGACAACUGUUACCCUGCCUGGUCGACUUUUGAUGAGCUUAAGUCUGUCACCAUGAACACCCAGUAUAGAG